AUGCAACAGCAGUCCAGCCAGUUUCCCGAUCGAAAACGAAGGAAUGAGGAGACGAAUAAGGCAGAUGCAAACAGCGGUCUCCGCGUUUUUAGUGUUCACCUGCGCCGUAUUCGGGGUCUUACUCUGGCGCUCAACAGGAUUAGUCAACUCUCCUACAUACUCGAGACCGUCGGCAUUCUUUCGAUAUCGCCAAAUGAGUCCAGCACAUAUAAGAAUUUCUAUUUCGAACUGCAGGAACUGGAAAACCGCCCGCAUCCUGUGCGGCUGAAAUGUCUCUACAGUGACAUUGAUGGAGUUAAUCCAGAUAUUAACGUUGGAGAUGUUUAUAGGUAAGCAUCGAUUUCCAAGAAAAUUAAUACAACGCCAAAUCCGUUAUGGCAAUCACUUAGCGUUUAAUUGGUUCCUCGUGUAAAUGACGCUUAUUUAUAAAGUAUAUUUUUUGCAGUCUGUUGAUGCUUUUGGCAGUCGAAAUGUUCAGCGCCAUGGGUAAUAAACUCAUUGGAUGAAUAAAAAGACAUGUUAAGACAGUCUCUCAGAAAAUGCAGACUAUACGUUUAAAUAAAAAUGGUUAAGUUUGACAACAACAAUAGCCAUCACAACAACUUGAGCUUCAGUUGAGAUACACUAAUUAAAAGAUCUCCUAACAUAGAAAUUUGCCAAAGUAAUGAAGUAUUAAGACAUAGGCGGAACCCAUCCAAUGGAAGAACCGAUAAUGAAUCCAAUAAAAGAAGGACUUAUGUAGAUACUUCCGACUCCUCCGUUGGUGAGCAGUCGUGCCCCGACCCUAGGGUACCCGCUUCAUGUUCAAAGCCACUUCAGUCCCUCACUAAACCCAACAGUCGAUUAGUCAGUUUCAUUCUAACAAAAAAAACCCUCAAAACAAAUUAAACAUCAAGACCUCAGUGACCCCACUUCAUAGAUGAGAAAAAUACCCAGUGAAGGUUCCACGGCUUCCGGUAUUUACAUAUUACAAGGUGGAAUAACUUUUUUUGCUUUCAGGUGCGUCGGAAAAUUUUCCAUCGAAAAAGGUCUAUUUCAGUGUUAUACGUUGGGUCAAUGUGGACAGGCUGAAUUACAGGUGGUAAAGGUUUUUCAGAUGCACUCAGAUAAUGUUAUUUCUCAGCUUCUACGAGAUUAACGUUUUUAUACACCUGUUAUACCUUUAUACUUUUCUAUAAACGUUGGUCCUUCCGAAAACGUUCUCUCUUCCUGCCCUUUUGUGCUGCCUAAAGUGCAGAGACCUUGACCGAUUAGGGGAUGACAGGAGCCCUUAAACUAUUUGAAGACUAAUUAUGUACAUAAUCGUAUGGCUAAAGUACAAGAAAUGAGUUGGAAAUCCGUCCAGUGAUAUCCUGACAUGCUGGGUCACCUUAAUGUCCAGUAAUUCAAGUUGACCUUCCCCCAGGUCUGAGCGUUCUUGUUUCUUUUCUGCUGGAAAUAAAUUUUUGAGUAAUGCAAACACUAGUGAUGAAGUUUUGCAGGGCAUACUUUUCGACACUAACUGAACGUUGGGGCCAAUGAAUACGCAGCAGCAGCAGAUGAUGAUGCCGCCAUUAGUUCACAGUAAAGAGGCCCAUUCGGUCACACUGAAGCAACCAGGAGCAUUUUCACAUUUCUUUCGUCCCCCUCUAGCACCCAUCUCGACAGAAUUGACUCCAUCGGCUAG